AUGCUCACCCCGUCUCCCGUCAUCAACUCCCACUCCCUCUCCGCUCUCGGCUACACCGCGUUCGGCGGCGCCAGCUCUGCGCCCGGCCCCCACGACGAGGAAGCAUCCCACUCUGAUCAUUCCUCCCAGCGCUCGACGUCUGCCACCGCGCUCCCCGAUCCCUCCCAGCAGCCCGCGCGCUGGCAGGUCGGCACAACCACCCCCGCCCUUUCCUCAGCCGACUCCUCCUCGGCAUCCACCCGCUCGUCCGCAUACACAGGCUCCGCAAAGUCAGGUGACUACGGCCACGUCCAUGUCGCUCUAGGCGAGGACGAAUCGGCCAAGGGCGUAGGCGUGGGUAUAACCACCGACGAGGUCGUCCAGCUGCUCUCCAAGGAGAACGGUAGGACCCCCGUGGACCAGUCCCGGUGGUCGGACUUCUACCAGAACGGCCUCCGUUCGCGCUCUUCUUCUCUCGCCAACAGCAACAGCAAGCCCAACUCAAUGCACGAGAAGGCCCUUCGUGGGUCCCCCAGCUUCGACAUGGGCUGGCAGCGGCCCGACGAGCGGGAUGAGCAGGGAUUGGCGAGCGACGAGGACACGGACGAGGAUCCAUCUUUUGAGGAUGAUGAAGACGAUGAGGAUGACGGCGAGGGAAAGGACGAUGACGAGGAGCCUACGAGUGCGGCUAUCAUGGCAGAGGACGGUCGUGGGGUGAUUAUUCAUGGUCACGACGUCCCAGUGAGCAAGCUGCAUGUCUCUCCAGAGACCACACAUCUGCUCAUCGGAUCGUCCCCUACCCAGAACGCCGUUCCAUCAUUCCUCGCCACUACGCUUCCCCAAAUCUCUGCGUCCCUCCUCGCCCUCGACAUCUCGGCCAACUUCCUGAGCGCUCUCCCACCAGCACUUUCGACGUGCGAGAGGCUGGAGGAGCUGAACAUCGCCUCCAACCCGCUCCGCGUUCUGCCGACCUUCUUGGCAACCCUCGACAGCCUCCGCGUUCUCAUCGUCGAUGCGACGGGUCUCACCACGCUCCCGGCGAACCUCGCUUCGCUCGAGAAGCUUCACACGCUCAGUGUUCGGCGAAACAAGAUGCAUUCGCUUCCGAGCUGGCUCUGUAUCCUCCCGGCUCUGGAGACCCUUCUCGUUGACGGCAAUCCCUUCCAAGGACCGUGGAAAGCUCUCAUGGAACCCCUCCUCUCCCGCGGCCCGCUGUCUCCCACAUUCCCGCCUUCCACGCCCAUCUUCCCCCUCCCGUCCGCCAGCAUGCGGAGCAUGAUGACCACUGCCACAACAGAAACAGACGACUCCGAGGAAGCCGAUGAAGACCUUACUGUCACCUCACCGCGUGCUCCGAACCUUGCGCGAUCCAUCACCGCUCCCACUCCUAACACCACCACCCAGCUUCCAUCCCCCGGGCUCUCUCGCACGAGAACAACGCCGAACCGCGCAUAUUUUGACAAAAGCCGCAGCGGCAACGCAGGGCCGCAGUCGAUGUUCAGUGAGGCCGGCGCACCCGGCACGUCUGCGAAGUCCGCUGGGCCUGAGAAUCAGGUCCGGAGGAUGAAGAGCGCUGGCGAGUUGCACCGAAACUAUGGUGGUUCUCUCCGCAAUCCCUCCGCAUCGGCCUCUUCGUCGCCCCAGCGCCCCGCGCUCACCGACUCCAACUUGCUGACCAUGGCAAAUCUGGCGAAUGCCGCGGAAGACUCUCUCGGGGUCGCUUCGGGUGCGAUGUCGCCUACGUCGAACAGGUCUCGUCGGACUGUGGAAAGCAAGGAUAUCGAAACUUCUCCCGUCCCCCCGCUUCCGAACCGGGUGGCAUUUCCACAGGGAGAGAGCGUGUAUGCUAUGGAUCAAGCACCACGGCCACGCUCGAAGCAUGAAGGGGAGAAAAACAGUCGAUGGGGCUUCCUCAAGAAAAUGUCAAUGGGCAAGAUGCGUCCGGAUCAGCCUGUGCCCACGAACCGGUUGUCGCACCACGGUUCGCAAGCGCGGCCGGGUGCCCGCCCCGGCUCUUCACGGCAAGCACCCUCUAUGCCCGUCAUCGAUGCUCGCUUCUCCACAACCGGCGCUGCCCUCCACCAGCCCGAGCUGCCUGGCACGGAGCCCGCCAUUGCACCCAACCUCUCGCGGCAGGCAUCUGGCGACCUUCUCAAGAUCUCACCCCUCGACCAGCUCAAGAAAGCGUCGACCGAGGCCGCGAAGCAGCGCAGAAGCUUCCUGCCGAUCGACAUGACCCCGAUCCCGAUCCCGAACGCGUCACAGUUCGUGCCCGACGUCACCGCUACGAACUCCCACGAAGAGGCGGAAGAGUCGGCCGUAGCGUCGCUCUCCGUGCCCAGCCCUGUACCCGCCGAGGCGUCGUUUGAUGAGAUCCGUCUACGGGAGGAGGAGCGCGCGCGUGAGGCGCGGAUUCGCGCCCUGCGCUCGGUCAUGUCCUACCUCCGCGACAUGCACGACCUCAGCCAGUCCGCGACGCAGACGCUGUCGAUGUACGGCGGCCCGCCUGCGGAGAUUCCACCUACGCGCUCGCGCCGGCCGACGAUGGUCGACGGCGGGCGCAUACUGUCCGAGGCGUCAAUGUCGUCGAUGGGUUCCGGGCCGUCGUCGCGGCCGGAGUCGAUGAACUUGCGCCAGACCGAAGGCCGGAUGGGCUUGUCGAUGAUCCAGACGAAUAGCGUCGCGACGACGGACAGCAUUGGCUCUGGUGCCGGGGAAGAGCGCAAGUGCAAGGACGACAAGUCGAAGCGGGUCAGGGUCAUCCAGGAGAUCGUCGAGACCGAGAAGACGUACGUCAAGCAGCUUCAGGAGCUCGUCGACAUCUAUAUCAAGCCUGCCACUGCCACCAUCACCAUCUUGAGCGGUGUCAGUCAAAUCAAGGACACCGUCGUUCCCUCGACGGAUCGGAAGAUCGUCUUCGGAGGUCUCGAGUCCCUGUACUACUUCCACAAGGAGAGCUUCCUGCCCGCGCUUGAGCGUGCCGCCCAUCCGCUCGCGAUCCCGUCGAACGCUGAGGACGCACGGAUCUCGCUCGACGUCGCACGGCAUGUGGCCAACACUUUCACCUCGCACGCCGCUUUCAUGAAGAUGUAUUCGACCUCGAUCAACAACUUCGAUAACUCGGUCGCGAGACUGAAGCAGUGGGUGUCUGACAAGCCGCCGCCUGCGGCGAGCACUGCCCUGUCACCGUCGUCGAGCACCGCGCAACUUGCGAGCCUAGGCAUGGGUCUCACGGGUGGGCUUGCGAACGUGACGUCGCCGGACGGAUCUUCAAAGGAGCCGCCGCUGUCGUCGAGCCAGCGCAAGCGUCUCAAGCAGUACCUCAAGCGCUGCAAGAUGAACCCCCGGCACUCGCAGAUCAGUCUCGAGAGUUACUUGCUCCUCCCGGUGCAGCGUAUCCCUCGUUACCGCAUGCUUCUCGAGCAGCUGGUCUCUAGCAGCCCGCCGGCAAGCGAGUUCAUGGACGACCCCAUCGAGCGUGCUUUAGCGGAGAUCUCUGGUCUCGCGACCACCAUGAACGAGGGCAAGCGUGAUGCCGAGUCUCGUGGUCGGCUUGUGCAGUGGCAAGGCCGGAUACGCGGAAAGUUCCCCAGUCCUCUCGUGCAGCCGCAUCGUCGUCUCAUCAUGGACGGUCCGCUACACCUCACUCGUGUUGUGCGCAAGGCGACGGUGGCGUUCGAGGUCAUCAACGCCCAGGGCGACUCUUCUUCCGUCGAGGUCGAAUGCCUGUCACCCGAGCUCACGCCACGGUCCCUCAUCGGUAUUCUCUGCAACGACUUGCUGGUGCUUUGCAGGGAUCCUUCUGAAGGGCAGGACCCGAGUUCCAGUGUUGAUCUCUGGGCUGUGCUUCGCAUGCAAACUCUUCCGCAGCCGGCGAGCAUCGUACACGCCAGCACCCUCCGCUUGGUCGACAACAAAGCGAUCCUCUACUUUGACGCGCCGUCGACUACCGAUGCUCUGACGUGGUUCCGAGCUAUUAAUCUGCAUAUUCCUGCAUCGAAAGCUUAA